AUCCCGCAAGCAGGUAGCAAGCUUCGUUUUGGCAUCAAUGAUGCCGUUGAAGCCGCUGACAAAAUCAUUCCGUCUUUGCUUGAUUCCAAUGCUAAAUGUGAUUUGUGCAAUCUCCAUCCGGCAGAUAUCUAUCCUGUUCUCAGGUUACUUCCCCCUGCUAACGCCAUUCGAGGGCAUUGGGAGCAAUACCAAAACCUUAAUAUAUCAGCAGCGUAGAGCUACUUCCUUCACUGCGAGCUCGCAGGUUCUGCGGCUACUGGAUAAUAGAUAACGGUUGGUAUAACAGCGUCUUUGGGGGGCCGUGAUAUGAACACUUGAUUUAUACCACAGAACGACGAUGUCUCAGAUUCUGAUCG